CGGUAUUAUAAUUAAAAUUAAAUGUGUAUUAUAAAUAAUAAAUAUUUGAAUGUUUAUACAAGCUUCAGCCUGUAUUUUGGUUUAUAAAUUGAAAGAAAACCACGUGUGAAUAAUUUAUUUAAUGUCAACCGUUUGCAGUAUUGAUAAAAUAUGGAAAAAUCCUUUACAACGUACCGAGAUGUCAUAGACACAUCUGCAGAAUAUUCAGAUGAUAUGUUCUUAGAAAAUUCAGAUGUCAAUUUUCGUGCAUCUUUACCCUCGUCAACUAUAGUCCAACAUAAGAAAGAUUCAUUGCCACUACCUAAAGGAUAUAAAGAUAUCGAACAAACAGAUGAUGAAGACGAAGAUGAAGAACCGUUAAUAAAACAUAAAAACUCAAGAAAAAAGAAGGCUCUAUUUGACAGCGAUGAUGAUGAUGAUGAUGGAAAUGACAAGAAUAGUGAUAACUCAUCCACUGCAUCAGAAGCUCAAAUUGGAAAUGAUGACUCUCAAGCGCAGGAAAGCGAUGAGAGCUACUAUGUUGAACAAAGUCCAGAUGAAGACGAAGAUGAAGAACCGUUAAUAAAACAUAAAAACUCAAGAAAAAAGAAGGCUCUAUUUGACAGCGAAGAUGAUGAUGAUGAUGGAAAUGACAAGAAUAGUGAUAACUCAUCCACUGCAUCAGAAGCUCAAAUUGAAAAUGAUGACUCUCAAGCGCUGGAAAUCGAUGAAAGCUACUAUGAUGAACAAAGUUCAGGUACAUCGAAAUCAUCAAACAAUGAUCCAGAAUAUAAUAAUUCCCAAGCAUCAUUAUCACAUAAAUCAUUACCUCUUACAGAAGUUUCCAAUUCUAAUCAAGAAAAUUUGAUACAAACAAGAAAAUCUGCAGGAAAAGAAAAAAUUCAAGAAAAUAAUAUUUUAUUAUCUUCUACGGCAGAUUUACCCAACGAAUAUAUUGACGUUUCAAGUGGCCCGGACGAUGAUGUCAGAUUAAUAUCGUAUCAACCUCCAAAACCAAGCACUCCAAAAUUGAAACAAACAAAAAUAACCCACAUGUUAACACCAACAAAAAGUAACGCAAAUUCACAAGUCCAACCGUCAUCUUCAAGGAAUUUUGUAGUACCGCCCGGAAAGAAGUUAGUUCCCCAAAAUGAGUAUAUUGGUCAACAGAAUAAAGUUGUGAUGCUUCAACAGAAUUUGUAUUCAACACAGAAUGCGUUAAGUACACUUGAUUUAGAAACUUUGCCAGAUCGAGGAGCAGCGUUAAGAAAUCGUGAAGCGUAUAUGGCUAUUCAACUUGCUAAAGAAGAAAAGAAAUUAUCCACAAUGCUAAUUGAACCUAAAACGCAACCGGAAACAACACAGGAUAAAGAUAAAGUAUACGGAUUAUCAUGGCAACAGUUAAGGGCACUUUCCAAUCAAGUCCAACCAGCUGGUAUGGGUGGCAAGCAAGCUAUGGAAACAUAUCAAACCCAAAAAACCUUAACUAUGGAUCGUUUAAAGACAUUACAUCAAUCUCUUCAAGCCAAACCUAAAAGUGACGUUAUGGAAGAAAAUCCAAAAAUGUUAAAAAUUGAAUUGAUGCCGCACCAAAAACAUGCGUUGGCUUUUUUAUUAUGGCGAGAAAGCCAAAGACCUGCUGGUGGAAUUUUAGCUGAUGACAUGGGAUUGGGAAAGACGUUGACAAUGAUUUCAUUAAUUUUAAAGGCAAAAGAGAUGGCUGAAAAUGAUAAAAAGGAAAGCGAGUCUGAAGAAAGUUCUAACGAUGAAAACGAUGAGGACUACGAAAAGAAAAGGAGGCGGGAUUAUUACCCUGGAGGGACUCUAGUAGUUUGUCCAGCAAGUUUAAUUAAUCAAUGGGAAAAUGAAAUUAAACGGCAUUGCAAAAGAGAUUGCCUUUCAGUCCACAUAUAUCACGGAACUAAUCGAGAAGUUAAACCUCGAAGACUAGCAAAGCAUGAUAUCGUAAUAACUACAUACAAUUUAGCUGGAUUGGAUAAAGAUAAAUCAGAUGGUAUUUUUGCUGUGAGAUGGAAGCGUAUUAUACUAGAUGAAGCUCACGUAAUACGCAAUACUAAAGCCAACUGUUCUAUAGGUGUAUGUGCAUUAAAAGGGAAAAGAAGGUGGUGUUUGACUGGAACACCUGUUCAAAAUAAAGAGCUUGAUUUGUAUGCAUUGCUUAAAUUUUUAAAGUGUUCACCAUUUGAUGAUUUACAGAUUUGGAAGAAAUGGAUUGAUAAUAAAUCAGCUGGAGGCCAAGAAAGAUUAAAUACUGUUAUCCAGUCAAUAAUGUUAAGACGUACAAAGCAACAAUUACAAGAUAAUGGAACGAUUUCAACGUUACCAGAAAAAACGACAGAGCUAAUAAACGUAAAGUUAUCAAAAGAUGAAAUGAACAUUUAUCAAAAAAUAUUAAUAUUUUCUAAAACUUUAUUUGCACAAUUCUUACACCAAAGAGCAGAGAAAAAUUCUGAUUUAGCUUACUCAGCUGGAACACAAGCAAAAUUUAUAAAUGGAAAUCCGAAUCCCGAAUAUGAAAAAGUACACAAAAGAUUAUUAAGAAUGCAUGGCACUGGUGAAGUUAAAGCACAUCAAAUUCUACUCUUACUUUUAAGACUGAGACAAACUUGUUGUCAUGUUUCGUUAAUUAAAAGUAUGAUUGAAAAUGAAGAAGCUUGUUCAGCUGAUGGAAUUGACGAUAGUGACGGGAAUGAUAUCGACCUACUGGCACAAUUAGAAAAAAUGGACAUUAAUGAUGAUGAAGAAGAUAUCCAAAAUGAAAGUGUUGAUCCAGCUGCUGGGGAAGGCAAUAAUCUAAAUGCUGCUGCCAGUAAACUUAUGAACCCAAACAAUCCUAUCUUUAACACUAAUCAACCCAGUUCAAAAGUUAAUAUCGUUAUUGAUAAACUAAAAAAAACUGCCCUAGCUAAAGGUGAAAAGGCAAUUGUUGUAUCACAAUGGACAAGUAUGUUAAAAAUUAUUGAAGAGCAUUUAGUUAAAGAAGGUAUUAAAUGUGCAACUUUAGAUGGCAAAGUUCCUGUAAACAAACGAAUGAUACUAGUUGAUGACUUUAACAGGCCAUCUAGCGAUAUACAGAUUUUAUUAUUAUCGUUGACUGCUGGAGGAGUUGGUUUAAAUUUGGUUGGUGCAAAUCAUCUUUUGCUGAUUGAUUUACAUUGGAAUCCACAAUUGGAAUCACAAGCUCAAGAUCGUAUUUAUAGAUUUGGCCAAAAAAAAGAUGUUUUCAUUUACAAAUUCGUAACAAGCGAUACGAUAGAAGAACGAAUAAAGGCAUUGCAAGAAAGAAAAUUACAAAUGGCCACUGAUUUAUUAACUGGUUCCAAACAAGCUGGAAAUAAAUUAUCUAUAGAAGAUCUUAAAAUGUUAUUCAGUAUGGAAUAAUAAUUAAUUGAAUGUUGGUCAAUCUAGCUAGAGAGAGUAGAGUAAAAAAUUAGUUUUAAUUUGUUCAGAAAGAGCUUUAGAGUGGAGCUUUAUACUGCUUUAGGUAGAAACAAGUUGAUUAAAAUCUAGGUUUAGAGUAAACAGUUUUAAAGUUUGUUUAGCUAGAGAAAAUCUCGCUAUAUAGUGUAUAUUUUGAUCUUAAAAAGUAGCAGU